AUGUUCUCACAAGAUGAAGGAAAUUUUAUAUUGUCCGGAGUGAAUAAGUCGAAUAGCGUAGAAUCAUGUUUCGCUUUGUCCGUAAUCCGCUCAUUUUCCCUGGUGCGGCAUACGUUAGACGACACUAUUCUUAUAAAGCAACAGCCAAAUGCAAUCCUGACUGAUGAAGUCUUUGUUGAAUUCCCCGUAGGCAAAAAAUUUCCAUUACUCAAGACUCACGUCCCACACACUGUCCAGAAACGGGUAAACAAGAUGACCUCCCAGAGAUCACCCGAACAAGAACUCAUCACCCACGAUCUCCAAGCCCUGAGCGUUUCCAAACGCCUCGUGCGUAGCGUAAGCCAGAAACUGAAAACAAAAACCCCAAAAACCGAAUCUCCCGAAGAAUCCAACGAAUACGAGCACGAAACCACCGGCGUUUCCCUGAGAUGCCUCACCCUCUACGCCCGUGGCGGCGGCUGCCGUGUGAGCGCCGACAUGUCCGAAGACUCCGCCCACCACCACCACCACCCGACGAGCGGCAGGCGGCGUUCAAGCGCCAGCGAGGACAGGAAAAAACCCACAAAAGAUGGGACAAACAUCGACUGCUUCUCCCACGCCGUGCGCGAAAAACUCUUCCGGCGUGGCUCCCACAAACGUCUCGUCCUUCCCGGCGGUGGGCCCACUAACAUGAACUCGCGCCUUCCAGACGAUAUCCUCGAGAUGUGUCUCGUUCGUCUCCCCAUCUCCAGCCUCAUGACUGCCCGUCUCGUCUGCCGAAAAUGGCGGGCACUCACCUCGUCCGCUCGCUUCAUGCAGGCCCGGAGAGAAGGCCCCCACCGAACCCCGUGGCUGUUCCUCUUCGGUUUCGUCCGCGACGGCUACUGCUCGGGAGAGAUACACGCUCUCGACGUCUCCCUCGACAGGUGGCACCGCAUCGAUUCUCACGCCUUGAAAGGAAGGUUCCUUUUCUCCGUCGCCACAUUAAAUGACGAGGUUUACGUCGUCGGCGGCUGCUCGAGCCUCGCGAAUUUCGGGAGGGUCGACAGGAGCUCGUUCAAGACCCACAAGGGUAUUCUCGUCUUCACCCCGUCGACCAAAUCUUGGCGCAAGGCGGCCGCCAUGAGGCACGCUCGCUCGUCGCCAGUCCUCGGAAUUUCCGAGGUGGGCGCGGAUUAUUGCUCGGUCAGGCCCGAGAGACGGUUCCACCGGGCCCGGUCAGGGGCUUCGGACGUCUACGAGGAUCCACACAGGCUGUCAGUUCGGCGGCAGUCGAGCGAGAGCUGCUGCGCGGUCUCGGGCCUGAAAUCGGGCUUCGUGAUGAUUGCGGUCGGGGGACUCGGGCCGUGGGACGAGCCGCUGGAUUCUUGCGAAAUUUACGACCCGGUUUUGAACAGGUGGACGGAGAUCCAGCGGCUGCCGCUCGAUUUCGGGGUGGCGUGCGCGGGGGCCGCGUGCCGUGGGGUUUUUUACGUGUAUUCGGAGAGCGAUGUGCUGGCGGGGUAUGAUGUGGAGAAGGGGUAUUGGGUGAGGGUGCAGGUGGGCCAGGGCCCGGCCCCGGCCCGUGUUAGGGAGUACUACCCGAAGAUGGUGGGGUGUGGGGGGCGGGUUUUCAUGGUGUCGGUGUCGUGGUGCGAGGGGGAAGGGGAGAUCGGGAGGCGGAAUAAGGCGGUGAGGAAGGUGUGGGAGGUUGAUUUUGGGGGGGGAGGGUGGAGGGAGGUGGGGGCCCACCCGGAUGCGCCCAUGGACUGGAAUGCGGCGUUUGUGGGGGACGAUGGGAAAAUAUUUGGGGUGGAGAUGUUUAAGAUUUUCGGGCAGGUGUUGGAUUUCGUGACGGUGUUUGAGACGGGGAAGGGAUGGGGACACAUCUCAAGGAACCGGGUGGCCAAUGGGCUGGAUGCGUCGUCCUGCAUGACGAAAUCGAUGGCUGUAAUUUUCGGGCAGGUGUUGGAUUUCGUGACGGUGUUUGAGACGGGGAAGGGAUGGGGACACAUCUCGAGGAACCGGGUGGCCAACGGGCUGGAUGCGUUGUCCUGCAUGACGAAAUCGAUGGCUGUAUUAUCUUACCCUAAUGGAUUCUCUAUCUUCAUCCCUUCGCCAGCCAGCGCCCGACGGUCAAUGGGUGCUUUACGUGUGAGCAGCGUCUUGUUUGACCUCAAAUCUCACCAUGCUUCAACGACAUUGCAAGUACACAACGGUGAUCGUGAUAUGAAGUCGCCACAUUUCACGCUGAGCAAAUGGGCAUCCUCCGAUGAUCCUGAGAAGCAUUCUGAAGAAGCCAAAUUUGAGGAGGACGAGUUGUUGCAAAACAAAUAUAAUGAGAGCCCACGAGAACAGAAUCAUGAUACACCUCAAAGCCCCAGUAUGCCUUUGGGCUUCGGACGUCUACGGGGAUCCACACAGGCUGUCGGUUCGGCGCCAGUCGAGCGAGAGCUCCUGCGCAGUCUCGGGCUUGAAAUCGGCUUCGUGAUGAUUGCGGUCGGGGGACUCGGGCCGUGGGACGAGCCGCUGGAUUCUUGCAAAAUUUACGACCCGGUUUUGAACAGGUGGACAGAGAUCCAGGGGCUGCCGCUCGAUUUCGGGGUGGCGUGCGCAGGGGCCGCGUGCCGUGAGGUUUUUUACGUGUAUUCGGAGAGCGAUAUGCUGGCGGGGUAUGAUGUGGAGAAGGGGUAUUGGGUGAGGGUGCAGGUGAGCCCGGGCCCGGCCCCGGCCCGUGUUAGGGAGUACUACCCGAAGAUAGUGGGGUGUGGGGGGCGGGUUUUCAUGGUGUCAGUGUCGUGGUGCGAGGGGGAAGGGGAGAUCGGGAGGCAGAAUAAGGCGGUGAUGAAGGUGUGGGAGGUUGAUUUUGAGGGAGGGGGAGGGUGGAGGGAGAUGGGGGCCCACCCGGAUGCGCCCAUGGACUGGAAUGCGGCGUUUGUGGGGGACGAUGGUGGUGGUGGGAGUAUAUUUGGGGUGGAGAUGUUUAAGAUUUUCGGGCAGGUGUUGGAUUUCGUGACGGUGUUUGAGACGGGGAAGGGAUGGGGACACAUCUCAAGGAACCGGGUGGCCAACGGGCUGGAUGCGUCGUCCUGCAUUAAGAAAUCGAUG